UGACAUAUAUGUUUGUGUUAUAUUAAUGUAAAUAAGUGUGUAUUAAAUAGUAAUAGUAAUAGGAAUAAAUAGUUAGUUGGGAACAAUAAUUUAUGUGUAGUUAUAUAUAUAUAUAUAUCAUCUCCAUCAUGUGUAAUAUUUACUGCUACAUUUACUAUUAAACCUACCCAUGUACCUCUAGGCUGCCUGCCCCCCUUGUAUAUAAUUGACUGUCUGCCUCCAUAAAUAAAAAAGUAGUAGUAGUAGUAGUAACUGCUAAUUGAACUAAUUUGCUAGAUAGAGUUCCUCACUCACUUACACCUAAUCUUGACAACGCAAUACUAAUUAAUUAAUUAAUUUUGAUGCAUUUAUUUAUUUAUUUUUACUGAAACACCAACAGUAGAAAGUAGAAGAAAAGAUUUCACUUCACUGUUACAAUAAGAAUAUAAUGUAUGUAUAUAUAUAUUACUAAUUAUGUGAAAUGCAGUAGUGCAUGGUGUCAGCUAUAUUCUAUAAAUAUAGGUUUGCCAGCAAGCCUUCAUCUAUGUCUAUGUCUAUCUCUAUAUGUAUAUAAAAAUAUCUCUGUGAUGCAGAAGCCCUCCCUCUAUUCAACCAUACCAAAUUAAUACUUGGUAAAAUAAACAAAUACUAAUAACUACAAAAUUAUUUUCAUGGCUUUCUGCAAUUUCCUGAAACCAGGGCAUUUAUUGACAACACUUCUUGUCCGUGAUUAUAUACAGCAGAACCCGAGCCAUACCUGCAGCCAUUCCCUUUAAUUUCCCCUCUACCUUUAUUCCUUUCUUUCUUUCUUGCUUCCAUUGUUGGUUGUUAUGGAGAAGAUGGAAAAGGAAGAACAGGCAUGGAACCUUCCAGAACCAGCAGCAGGUGAAGAAGAAGAAGAAGAAGAAGAAGUCACUAAUCUUCUUGUGAGAAAAUCAAGAAAAGAAGAAGACAUCAAAACCACCUCCAUUGGAAUUGCUGCUGUUCAUACUAAUGGCCACCAAAAACCUCAAACCCAAGAAGAAAAAGAAAAAGAAGAAGAAGAAGAAAAAGAGUCGAAAAAACAGAGAGAGAAACAGGAGAAAGAGUGGGACAACAAUAAUCUUGUUUACCACGACAAAGUCCAAGGGCUAUGGAAAUGCAGAAUCUGCACUUGGACAUUUGGGAAUCGAAAUGGAAAUCUGUGUUCCAACCUCAACCAUAUUCAGAAUCAUAAUCAACUUUGCCAUAAUAACCUGCUCAUAUUUCAAUCUCAAGGUGAUGAAUCUGGCUACAAUUUCCAGAAUGGAGCUGAUCCCACUUCAGAUUCUCAGGCUUCUUCUUCUCAAAUUUUGUUUCCGAAAAACAAAAACAACACGAUCCCCCGCGAAUCCGAUAAAGAGGAAGUAAGUGCAGAGAUUGAUUUGAUCGAAAAUGAAUUCGAAGUCGAAAGAGUGAUACAGAAUCAGACCACUCAUGAUCUCUACUGCCCCAACUGCAAUUCCUGCAUAACAAAGAGGGUUAUUCUUCGCAAAAGGAAACGCACGGUUCCACUUCCGGACGAUGAACAGAUCGUAUUCGACAGUAACACAAAUCAAUCACAAGCUCGUGAUGCAGAUGCAGGUGGAGAAGAUGAAACUCAAUUAGCUUCUGCAACUGAGGAUGAAGAAGACAAAUGGCUCCCCAUAUUCAGAUGCUUAUCUUGCUUCAGCUUCUUCAUCCCAAUGGUCAAGACUUCCAUGGAUGCGCCGAGCAAGCGGGAACCAGCAGCCAAGCAAGAAGCUGCCGUAAAAUCGAGUGAAGAAGACAGUGUCGGAGGCAAUGAGAACUCGUCCGGAACAGCAUUUGCUCGAGUUAAUAACAUCGAAUCGACAGAGGGUUCAGCUCGUGAGAUUCCGGAUGACAGCUACAUACCAAAACAUAUCCCGAAAUCCAGUGGUGCAGUCGAAAUCCACCCCGCCGACGAGGUGCCGAUAGUCGACACUACUUCAAGAACUCAUCUUGCUCCAGUUCAAUCCGAUGCAGGGAAGGAUACCGUGAUCAAUAUAGACGCGUCGCCGCCGCCUGGAUCGUCCCAAACAGUCGAAGGAUCGAUCACUCCAACGGAUACUGCAAGUGCAUUACAACAACCAUUGCGAAAAGAAGUCGAAGUCGAAGUGAUUAAAAGCAUAGUAUAUGGUGGCUUAGCCGAGUCGAUUACCAGCCUGAGCGUCGUCUCAUCUGCAGCCGGCGGUGGCGCCGCCUCACUGAACAUUUUAGCUCUGGGAAUGGCCAAUCUUUUCGGGGGCCUCUUCGUCGUCUGUAACAACAUUCGGGAGCUAAGGAACGAGCAACCGAUCGAUCGAAGGGAUCGUUACAGGGAUGUCCUCGGCCGGAGGGAGAAUUUCGUAAUCCACGCGGUGGCUGUCGUAACGUCGUACCUGCUUUUCGGGCUGGUGCCUCCAGUGGCGUACGGUCUUUCGUUCCGGAGGACAGACGAUAAGCAGCUGAAACUGGUGGUCGUCGCGGCAGCUUCCGUUGUCUGCAUUUCCGGGCUGGCCGUCGCAAAAGCGUACGUGCAGCGCCCGCCGAAACGUUACCUGAAAUCAGUCGCGUCGUUCGUGAUCCUCGGGCUGAUGGCGUCGGGGGUGUCGUAUGCUGCCGGCGAGCUGGUCGAAAGGCUCCUGUGGAAGCUCGGUGUGUUUCCGGAGGAGUCGGAGUCAGUUUUGGCGAUGGUUGCCGGAAAAUCGACGGCAGCGCAGGCUUCUUCUUGAUCUUGAAUCCUAUCCGUCCGUUCAUCUGGUUUUUGAUGUUAAGAGAUACUCGUAAUCGAAAGAACCUGAAGUUUUUCUGAAUAACAACACCGUAGUAUUUGAAGCCGGCA